GCAUUCAACUGUACUUAACCAGGUCCGUGCUCAAAGCAAACAAAUCCAGUACCAGUGGAUGGGAUCAUCAGAUUAUAUGAAUCUAUCUGAAUAGGAUCAUGGGGACAUUUUAAAGAUCUAGAAGUUCGCUUCAUAACCACUUAAGGUGAUCGGCAUGAAAACAUACCCAGAGGGAAUACUUGCUUAGCCUUCUUUUUCUGUGUGAUGAAACAAAUUCAAACCUUGUUAGUUUCUCCACACACAUCUAUUGUCACAGAAGAUUAAAUCUUUUCUUGGAUUUGAAAGCCAGUUGCUAGAAGUUUCCAACAAAGAAUCUGAAAUUUGGCAUUACCUGAACAUGAUUCCAAACAGGCAAGGAGCCAAACAAAUCCUCCAAUUGUGGGGAAUCAGUACAAUUUUAUGAUUAUUAAUGGCAGACUUUGUAGUGUCUUGUCCAGAAAUAGCAUGGCGGCUCGAUUCCAAGAGCAAGCAUCGCAUGAGCACAGGCAGAAGUCCAUGGGAUUUUUAUAAUCUAGCCUCGGAAGUCACAGUAUUUCACUGUCAUUGUCUGAUGGCUUAAGACCAUUACAGAGAUCCACCCAGGGAGGGAAUAGAGACUUCACCUCUUGAUGUGGAAAGAGCAAGGUUCUAGAAGCACAUGAGAGAUGGAAAACAUUCUUGUGGCCGUCUUUGGAAAAUGCAAUCCUUACACACUGGAUUGGAGUUCAUUUCCUUAUUGAAACCAGGUCGGAUCAAGUAACUGAUGGUGAAAGUAGAUCGACGUCCAUGGGAAGGAAAAGAUGGAAAAUGUUAGUGCGAGGGGAGGGUAAGAACUGCCUAGACCAGGACGCCUAUAUGCAGUUUCCAUGUUUGCUGGAUGUGAAAGGAUUAAAAAUACGGAAAUGUUGGUGGCUUCAGGAAUAGAUGGGAUUCGAGCCGGCCGGCACCGCUCUCUCUUCCACCCAGAGCAGCUCGUCAGCGGGAAGGAAGACGCCGCAAACAACUAUGCCCGCGGUCGCUACUCUGUGGGGUCCGAGAUCAUCGACCUUGUGCUGGAGAGGAUCCGAAAGCUGGCAGAGCAGUGCAGUGGACUCCAGGGAUUUUUGAUCUUCCGAAGCUUUGGAGGAGGCACCGGAUCGGGAUUGACGUCUCUCUUAAUGGAGCAGCUCUCGAUAGAAUACAGCCGGAAGACGAAACUGGAGUUCUCUGUCUAUCCGGCCCCCAGGAUCUCCACUGCUGUAGUGGAGCCUUACAACUCCGUCCUCACCACGCACUCCACCCUGGAGCACGCGGACUGCACCUUCAUGGUGGACAACGAGGCCAUCUAUGACAUCUGCCACCAUAAACUUGGUGUCGAGCGCCCCUCUUACGCCAGCAUUAAUAGGCUGAUAGGUCAGGCGGUCUCUUGCAUUACUGCUUCCCUCCGGUUUGAAGGGCCCUUGAAUGUGGACCUCAUUGAAUUCCAGACCAACCUAGUACCUUAUCCAAGAAUACAUUUCCCCAUGACAACCUUCGCCCCCAUCAUCUCUGCAGACAACGCCUACCGCGAGGAGCUCUCUGUGUCCGACAUCACCGCUGCUUGCUUUGACUUCUCCAAUCAGCUGGUCAAGUGCGACCCUCGGCUGGGGAAGUACAUGGCCUGCUGCCUACUCUACAGAGGGGACGUGGUCCCCAAAGAUGUGAAUGCAGCCAUUGCAGCCAUGAAGUCAAGGAACUCUGUGCAGUUUGUGGACUGGUGUCCAACUGGCUUCAAGGUGGGCAUCAACAACCAGCCACCCACAGUGAUGCCAGGAGGGGACCUGGCCAAGGUCCAGCGGGCCGUGUGCAUGCUGAGCAACACCACGGCCGUCGUGGAGGCCUGGGCCCGCCUGGACCACAAGUUUGACCUCAUGUACGCCAAGAGGGCGUUUCUGCACUGGUACAUCAGGGAAGGCAUGGAGGAAGGCGAGUUCUCAGAGGCCCGGGAAGACUUGGCCGCUCUGGAGAAGGAUUACGAAGAAAUGGGACAAAGUUUCUGAUGGAAACGUAGCCGGGGAGAAUGAGUGUUAAGUCAAAGUGUCAUUAUGUACUCUUGGUAGGUAGAGUUCCCCUGUUUACAAGAAACUGGAAACCAAAUCAAGCAAGACCCUAAGCUCUGCACUAAAUCAGAUGGGUCAGUAUCAACAAUGAGCUCAUAGUUCCUUGUCUGUUGGUUCAGCACGGCUACCUGUGAACCCCCCAGGUUUGGGGUCCUUUGAGCGUCUGGAUCAUGUCCAUGUUUCUUUUCUUUCUUUCUUUUUUUUUCUUAGAAUGGAAACCUAGCUUUAUUCUUUGCAUUUUCAAAAAAAGAUGAUGAAACCCUAAAGUCAGUGCUUUUGCUUUCCCUUUUUUUGCGGUGUUAAACAGCACAUGUUAAUUACUCAUGUUAUUUCCCCCCUGUUUAUAUUUUGUACAUUGAUUAAAUAAUGAAUCUUUUCAGUAUCAUUUUUUCUUUCUUCCAAAGGUGGGCCUUAAGGUCUUAGUUUGCUUUUGAUACAAACAAAUAGCAAGACUAUUCUUGGGUCUUUCAAAAAUUUGCAUCUGUGUUCCUGUGGGUCAGAAGGUGAAAAGUUAGCCCCCCAUCGUUGAAGAGACGUUUUUGAAGUGUGGCCGGCAGAGUCCUGCAUCAGAACCAGUGGAGAGGUUUAAAAAAAAAUUAAUGGAAUUCAUUUUUGGUAUUAAAUUAUCCCACUUUCAAACAAGUUGUAACUUAAAAUGGAAAAAAAAAGUUACAAAUGCAUUAAAACAUCAGCCUCAUUUUUAUUAUCCGCGGUGUUUAGUCUGACUAAUCACUGGAAUUCAGGUGAACUAGGCCGUACAAAGGUGCUCACUGGGGUGUACGUGUUGCUCUUCAGCUGAUGGUAGACAGUUUCCAGGGGCCUCAUUCAGCUGUGGUGUUACCUGGCAGCCUUGGUCCGCCAUCUGUGCUCUCUUGGCCCCAGCGUGGUCAAGGCUUUUGGUUCAGGUGGAUAUCUGAGGGUGACAGCCACUAAAGCCUUGGCUGAAGGCGUAAAGAUGAGGGUCGUAUUGAGAGAUCUACCAAACUGCAGUACAACCACCUUCUUAUUGCGUGGACCCAGACUGGGCCACUCCACCUUUAACGGUUUCCUGGUAGAUGCUCUUAUUACUAAUAUCACUGCCCUGGCCUUCCAGAGCUCCAUUCACACGAUGUACCAUUUUGCCUGUGUUCCACUCAUACGGUGGCACCAUGGAGGCCACUGAGCACACUUCGGUGGAAAUGAUGUCUAGACACUUCAAGACAUGCCUGUCAAGAGGUGGUUUUCCAGGUCACCCAUCAGUGAGUUUUGCUCAGUCCUCAAGUCUCAAAGCGUUUGGCUGGAUCCCCGUUGCUCUCUACAUCCAAGGCCCUCUGCCAAGGGCUCAAUCUAUGUUGACACUAAAACAACUUCAUACCAGAGUUCCCUUUGGAACCUGAGGCCUGUUAAACCUGAGAUGUGCCAAGACGUCCAGGAUAAUAAUAAGGAAAGGAAUGAUUCUCAUUCCUAUGUCUCUGACCUGCUGUGAUC